AUGAAGUGGUUGCUCAUUGCACUCGCUUGUAUUCAGCUCUCUGAGAGUUUAGUCAGGUAAGUAAUCAAGGUUAAAUUGACGAAGGGUAAAUCUGCCCGGCAGGCUCUGGAAGACCGUGGGCUUCUUGGUGAUUUACUGAAGAAACACCAAUACAAUCCAUACUCCAAAUAUGCAGGCUACUUCAAUGGGCAGACCAUGUCUACAGAGCCACUCAUAAACUACCUAGAUAUGUCUUAUUAUGGAACAAUUAGCAUCGGAACCCCACCACAAAGCUUCACAGUCAUCUUUGAUACUGGUUCAUCAAACCUUUGGGUCCCAUCAGUUUACUGUUCCAGCCAAUCAUGCUCAAACCACAAGAAAUUUUCACCAAGCAAGUCCUCAACGUUCCAGGCAACAAACCAACCACUGUCUAUUCAGUAUGGUACAGGCAGCAUGACUGGGGUCCUGGGCUACGACACAGUCACUAUAUCAAACAUUGCUGUCAAAGAGCAGGAAUUUGGCUUAAGCGAGACUGAACCUGGGAGCACUUUCUAUUAUGCUCCAUUUGAUGGGAUCCUGGGGCUGGCCUAUCCAAACAUUGCAUCGUCCAGUGCCACACCUGUGUUUGAUAACAUGAUGUCUGAGAACCUGGUCCAACAAGACCUGUUUGCUUUCUACCUCACUCGACAGGAUGGUCAGUCCGGAAGUGAAGUUGUUUUUGGUGGAGUUGAUCCAAACCACUACACAGGUCAAAUUAACUGGGUGCCCGUCACUCAAGAAGGUUACUGGCAAAUCCAACUGGACAGGGUGACAAUCAAUGGUCAGGUUGUUGCCUGCAGUGGAGGCUGCCAGGCCAUUGUUGAUACUGGCACUUCCCUGCUUACUGGUCCCAAUAGAGCCAUCAGCACUAUCCAACAAUACAUUGGUGCUACCCAAGGGUACUACGGCCAGUAUACCAUCAACUGCAAUAAUCUGCCCAACAUGCCGAAUGUAGUCUUCACAAUCAAUGGAAUCGAUUAUCCCCUUACUCCAUCCGAAUACACAAUCCAGGACCAGUCUGGAUGCAUGAGUGGAUUUGACUCCAUGUACCUUCCAAGCUCUUCUGGAGGACUCUGGAUCCUGGGGGAUGUCUUCAUUGGGCCAUACUAUUCCAUCUUUGACAGAGGAAACAAUCGUGUGGGUUUUGCCAAAUCCGUCUAA